AUGGGACAUGGAGGAUUUGCAACAUCAUAUGAGGCUGUUUACUAUAGCUUGAUCGAAAUUAUAAAUAUGGCACUUGAUGAGCAAUUUGCUGAUUUUUUCACAAUAUCCCGCAUGAGUAGAACAUUACGGCGGAUUGGCGGAAUUGGACCUUUAUUUAGAUGCUCUGAAUUUGAGCCUAAAUUUACUUAA